AAAAAAAAUCAAAACUAGAGAAAGGCUACCUUGGGUCGCUCAAUGGCGGUCUGACUUCCCGCUCAACAGCGCAAUUGUCAUCCAUUGUUGCUGUCUCAGCUGCCACCAAAGCUUCCGUAGCCCAUUUUUGUUUUAGCUUUACUCUUUUCUUCUUUUAUUGUUCUUAUUCUGAACCUAUCUCCUUCCAUCCUUCAAAAAACCCAAAACCCCAAAGUCUUCCAACUUGGUUAUUGAUUGGCCCCUGCAUUAUCUUGUAGGCCUUUGUGUCAGUAAUAUGAUGGAAAUGGAACGAGACACAAGUAUAAGGGCAAUAAUCUGCAAUUGGAAACAUGGUUAUAGAGCUUUGUUGCAUAUGAGAUGGGCUUCUGCUUUUGGGUUUCAUAUAUCAGUGGUUGGUUUAGUGGGAGUUGUUGGUUUUGUAUUGGCUAUAAUAAGAGAUGGUAAAGCAGGGGAAAAGAGAAAGAAUCAUUUGGAGAAGUUAUGCUUGGUUCCUGGGUUGCAAAAUCUUGGCAAUAACUGUUUCUUGAAUGUAAUAUUGCAGGCUCUGGCUAGCUGCUCAUAUUUUCAGUCUUUUCUCCAGAAGAUACUAGACAAAUGUAAAUCGUCACCGGUUGAGGGACAGGAUGAAAAUUUGCCGCUUACAAUUGCUUUAACUGCUCUCUUAGAAGAAUUAGGUAUGGCUGGAGAAAGAAGAAUUGCAUUAAGUCCACAUAAAGUUAUGCGUGCAUUGGCGCUUUAUAUUCAAAAUUUUGAUUUAACAAGCCAGCAGGAUGCAGAAGAAGCAUUUCUCCAUCUUUUGACUUCCUUAAGAGAAGAAUUUUCAGAUAUCUAUCUUCCCAGUCAGAGUACUCUAGCGGAUGCUUUUGCGUCUCAAACUGGUAGGAUUCUAACUCCACAGAAGGAGGAUCAGAGUGAACAGGAAAGAUGGCAGCAACACUUUCUUGGACCAUUUGAUGGCAUUAUUGGUAGCAUUUUAACUUGUCAGAGUUGUUCAUCUCAGAUUUCUUUGGACUUUCAAUUUUUUCAUAGCUUGCCCCUUUUGCCAGUGCUCUAUGGUGGUUCUACCAUUAUGGCUGGAUGUACCUUGGAGGAUUGCUUGAGGCAGUUUGUCAUUGCUGAACAAAUUGAAAACUACUACUGCAGCCAUUGUUGGCACAUUGCCGCAAUAAAGUCUUUAUCUUCUACUGGAGCAAAUGAGAUGGAGAUUGAAAGGUUGAAGAGAUGCAGUGCACAAGACUCCUGUGACUGUCGAAGUUUUCUUUGUCUUCAAAAGCUACCCUGGUCAAAUAACUUUUCAUGUACUCUAAAGCAGCUAAGCAUUGCUCGUUGUCCAAAGAUUCUAUGCAUUCAUCUACAACGUGCUUCAAUAAAUGAGUUUGGGGAACUAAUCAAGCUUCAGGGCCAUAUUCCUUUCCCAUUGAUUUUAGACCUGUCCCCAUUCAUGACUAGCAAGGUGGAAAUAAAGAACCAUGGAGGAGUCAAAAAAGGGCAAGUGAAGCUGCAAAAUCAAAAGCCAAGUCCUUGUCUCAACCUUAUCAAUUUGCAAUUUGAAACCAUUUUCAAUCACUUCAGUAAACCAAUGGGAGAGAUCUCUUCUGAAAUAUUAGCUGCAAAUGACUUUCAAUGUACUUCGCAUGGAGAAUCAUUUCCAGGGAAGUCCAACUUGCCCCAAACUGAUGGUUGUUCAAAGGCCUUAAACACAAACAUGCAUGAGCAACAUGGUGAUAAGGUGAGUUUGACUAGCAAGUUACCUCCUUCAGAAACUAAAUUAUACCAGCUUGUUUCAGUCGUGGAGCACUUUGGGAGAGUUGGAGGUGGGCAUUAUACUGUUUACAGAAUUAUGAGAGCCGAAUCAGAUGAGGAAGAUUCUGAUGAAUACUCGGAGCCCUCUACAAUGCAGUGGUUCUGCAUUUCAGAUUCUCAAGUAUGUAGGGUCUCAGAGAAGGAUGUUUUAGCUGCAGAAGCAAGCUUACUUUUUUAUGAGAGGAUCAUAGAAGGCUGAAACCACGCCUACUCUUAGUAUUUGUUGUUCUGCCUCUUCAUAUCAUUGCACUCAAAAGCUGCAUCUAGCGUUAAAACUGCUAAUUUGGAAAGAUGUGGUGCUUGUGAGAGGCCCUUGAUUCACUAAUUAGAUCAGAACAUCUUGGCACUUGGGAGCACUUUAGCUUGGUUAGAGAUUAUACCUUGAAAACAGAUUCUUUCCAUAUGGAACCUAUUACAUUCAUUUUGUCAUUUAUUAUUUUCACUGUCGAAGAUAAGAGUGCUACAAAGUAUGAAUACAGCUCAUAGUCAUUUGGUUCAACUUGUUAUGGAAAAAUAUUCACCUCAAGAUUAUUCAUGUGAUUAUGGA